AUGGCUCAUAUAAACCAUGCGUAUUCGGAUACUUCCGGUAGCCAUCACAAUGGACAGGAUUCUCAUAGAAGAGGUCUAAACUCACUCUCUCCAACUUUCUUCAUCCGACCGAAAACCACCGGACUAGUUAGUCUGUUCAUCCAAACGGUUUUAUUGAUUGUCAGUGCCACUACAUCACUAUUCUUUUUCUAUCAUGUUGGUGGUUAUGAAUACACACAUUGGAACGAGAACUCUACUAUUCUGGAGCCCAUAAAUCAUAACAUCAAUCGUAACUCGGCCGGUGAAAUGGUAACCCCAAUGGUCUCAAAUGAUGGAAGUGAUUCCUUGGUAUCAACUGCUGAGAGAAAAUUGGACUUUCUCGAGAGAUCCUAUCUGUACAACGAUAGUGAUGGGGAAACUGUCAAUUUAUUGUUCGAUCCCGAGGAUAGCCCGAACUCUUUCAUUGAGAACGCAUCUUUUGGUAUUGAACAAGUUCCGUUGACCACUGUUAUUAUUGGGGAUGUCGAAUUCGACUGGUUAGAAGUGAUCCGAAUUUCCACCCUUGUGUAUCUUGCCAUAUGCGCUGCUUGGGUGAUCUCAGGCCUUCUGUUCAUUUGCACAAUUAGAAAGGAGCUAUUGGACACCGCGGUUCUCAACACUACUAUUCUUAUUUUGGUGGUCCUAUUUGAAGUUGCUCAUGCGGGACUUGUGACGUCUCUGUUAUUCUUUCAGAGAGAAAUGAGUUGGAGAACAUUAGCAAUCACAAUUGGAUCAGUUAUCAUUUUGUUCUGCUGCGCUUUCCUUGGUUUCGUAUGUGUUUCGUUGAACUGCGGUUGGAUAAAGUACAUUGAUUACAUGCACGGAAAGAAAACGUGUGCUAUUUGCUGCUUGUUCCGCUGUUGCGGCAAAUCGAAUGAGUCCGCGGAAGACGGUGUCGUAGGAAACGGAGCUCCCACCAAUGCUCGUCAAUACGAGAAUGACGUGCAAUUGGACCGUUUCGAUGCAUUCUGA